AUGAAACGAAUCAAUAGUCAAUCUCAAUUAUUAUAUUAUUACUACAACAACAACAAUACUGUCAACAACAACAACAACAGUUCUGCUACUACUACUACUACUACUAAUCCUACUACUAAUACUACUAAUCCUACUAAUCCUACUACUACUACAUUAUAUUUAUCUUCUUCUAUCACUUCAUCCAAUAUAAUUAUGAAAAAAUCUCGAACAAAUGAAUUUAUUAAUAAAUUACCAUCUAAUUAUAUUCCUAUUAAUCAUGCUUUAAUUAUACCUUCAAAUAUAUUACAAUUAUUACAAUCAUUACAAUCAUUACAAUCAUUACAAUCAUUAACUUUUUUUAAAAAUAAUUACUAUGAUGGUGAUAAUAAUAAUAAUAAUAAUUGUUAUUUUCAAUUUAUAUUUUUUUUAGGAGCUCAAGGUAAAGAAUUCAUUCCAACAAUUAAAAAUCAAUUCCUAUUCAAUAACAACAACAAUAUAUCAAUUAUAUUCAUCACCUCAAAUUAUACUACUAGUGAUAGUGUUGAUGUUGGUUGUACAAAUGAUCAAUGUAAACAAUUGAUGGAAUUUUUCAAAAUUAAAGAUCCAAUGGGAGGUGGAUUAUAUCCUUUAGAUUAUUUAAUUAUAAUUCAUGAAAAUAAAGUUCAUUGUAAAUUACCCAUCAAAUUUAAUACCAUUAAUAAUACUAUUAAUAAUCAUUUCAAUCAUUUCAAAAUUGGAAAGAUGAUAUCAGGUUUAUAUUUUAAAUUUGCUAUUAAUUUAAAUGAAUUACCUUUAUUAAUAGAUGAAUAUAUUAAUUACACACCAAAAAAAGAAAAAGAAAAAGAAAAAGAAAAAGAAAAACACCAAUACUAA